AUCAUGGCAGAAGCCUUUGGGAUUGCUGCAGGUGUGAUCGGCGUCGUGUCUCUUUCCAUCCAGCUCGCGGACGGUGUGCAGAAAGCAUGCGACUUCUGUGAAUCGAUCGAAGAUGGCCCAGAAGACAUUGAGCGAAUAUCUGCAGAGCUCAGAUUACUUUCCAAUUGUCUGCAGUUGAUUUCACACGAGCACCAAUCUGGAAUGGCAGACCCAAGUCAAGACUCCCUUGUUUUAAGCGCUCUGCGAAUUGCGAAGAAGGAUAUCAACGAGCUCUCUGUCUUUGUGACCGAACUUACUUCAAAGAUUAAUCCGGGGCAAGGAAAAGUGAAGAGGAAAUGGGGUCGGGUCAAGAUUGCCUUGAGUGCAGCAAAGAUUGCGAAGAUGAAGACUCAUGUUGAGAGUGCGAAGAGCACUUUGAAUAUGCUACAAGCUAGUAGAACUCAGUGA